AUGGUCAAACCACCUAUGAUAAAACCACCUGUAGUCAAAGCAGCUGAGUUCCAACCAACUGUGGUCAAAGCACCUGUGGUCAAAGCACCUGUGGUCAAACCACCAGCAGUCAAACCACAUGUGGUCAAAGCAAAUGUGGACACUACCAGUGUCAACACUAAGAUGGAUGAAAAUAUGUCUCAGAAAAUUAUAAAGGAGAUGUACUUCAAGCUGUAUCAGGACUUUGACGUGGAUACAAGGUUAAAUAUUGAGGCUGUACCGUCGUACGCCAGAAACAUCUUGUUAAAGAUCAGCGAACGUACAAGAAAGAGCUAUGAUGGUUCAUCUUUUUUCAUCCCUGAUGCCAUCGAGGGUGCCCGUGUGCUGGACAUUGGCUGUGGAGGUGGAAGUCUGUCUUUUGUUUUGUCCAAGCUCGUUGGUCCAGCUGGAUACGUUGUUGGUGUUGAUUUUUCUGAAGAAAGCAUCAAACUCUGCCAAGAAGAGACAGCCUACCACAUGAAAGAAUGGGGCUACAGUAAACCCAACUGUGAAUGUAUAUGCACUUAUGUUGAGAAGUUAUUAGAUUUUCAACUUGAGCCCUUUGAUGUUAUCGUGUAA